AUUAUUAUUAUUAUUAGCAGCAAUAGCAGCAGCACCAGCAUACAUAUUACAGUUGUACAGUAUUAGAGUUCAGUUCAGUUGAAUCAAUUCAGUUCGAAAGCAUUAUAAUAAGAUGAGAACGAAAUAUCGUAAAUCUCAUUGUGGUUUAUGUUAGAUAAAAAGAAAGAUAAAAAAAAAAGAAGAAGAAGAAGGAAGAGGGGUUGGUUGUGAAGGAUUGAGGGAUGUCGUUGGUCUGUGGGUGGAGAAAGAGGAGGGAAAAGUUGCGGGUGAGGAAAAAGGGCUGUGAAGGAAGAGUUAAAAGCAGCAGCGGUGCCAGUACAAAUAAAAUUCUCGUUAGUAACCUUCCAAUUAACGUCAGAUUAGACGAUUUCGAAUCACUUUUAUUGAACUACGGACAAGUUCAAGUCCUCGAAAAAGUGUCUCCGCGGGAUCCAAAUACACUUUCCUACCUUGUCAGCUAUGAAACCCCAGAACAGGCACAGCAGGCUGUGACACAAUUCAAUGGGUAUGAGUACGAGGGUAACUCAUUAAAGGUGGAAAUGGCUUCGGCGGAAACCCGACGAAGAGCCCGUAACCAGCGCACCGCUGCAUUUUCCGGAGCACCGGGAUCCGGCCGACAGACGGAUUUCCCGCUGCGUAUAUUAGUGCAGUCGGAUAUGGUCGGGGCAAUCAUCGGACGACAGGGGACAACGAUUCGUCAUAUUACGCAAUCGUCUAGAGCAAGGGUCGACGUUCAUCGAAAGGAUAACGUCGGAUGCGUUGAAAAAGCCAUAACGAUUUAUGGCAAUCCAGAGAACUGUACAAAUGCGUGCAAGAAGAUCCUCGAGGUAAUGCAACAAGAGGCCGCUAACACAAACAAAGGAGACAUUAUGUUGAAGAUCCUGGCGCACAAUAAUCUAAUCGGACGUAUUAUCGGCAAGGGUGGUAAUACGAUUAAAAGAAUCAUGCAAGAUACUGAAUCUAAGAUCACUGUUAGCAGUAUCAAUGAUAUUAACAGCUUUAAUUUAGAACGUAUCAUCACGGUUAAGGGUACGAUUGAUAAUAUGAGCAAAGCCGAGUCAAUGAUCUCGAGCAAAUUGCGCCAGAGUUAUGAGAACGAUUUGCAAGCCAUGGCACCACAAACCAUGAUGUUCCCUGGAUUGCAUCCAAUGGCCAUGAUGUCAACAGCUGGUAUGGGGUAUAGCUCGCGUGGAACAGCCCUUUAUGGUUCUGGUCCAACCCCAUAUUCCUACACAAGUAGCUUACCGUCCUCGUCUGUACCUUCUAGCGAAACUCAGGAAACUACGUUCCUCUACAUUCCUAAUAGCAGCGUAGGUGCUAUUAUAGGUACUAAGGGAUCUCAUAUUAGAAAUAUCAUCAGGUUUUCCGGAGCAAGCGUUAAAAUUGCUCCAUUAGAACAAGACAAACCUGCGGAUCAACAAACAGAAAGGAAAGUUACCAUUGUUGGAUCACCCGAAUCUCAAUGGAAAGCUCAGUAUUUGAUCUUUGAAAAGAUGCGCGAGGAAGGUUUUGUCGCUGGUACAGAAGAUGUAAGGCUCACCAUAGAAAUUUUAGUACCAAGCGCUCAGGUAGGCCGAAUCAUUGGCAAGGGUGGACAAAACGUUAGGGAACUGCAGCGUGCAACUGGAAGCGUCAUCAAGUUAUCGGAACAACAAGCCACGCCUCCCUCUGCCGAUGAAGAAACCACCGUUCAUAUUACUGGACCAUUCUUUUCAGUUCAGUCUGCCCAAAGAAGGAUAAGAUCGAUGGUCCUCCAAUCCGUAGCACCAGGAGGUGCAGGUGGUGCAGGUGCACGUGUUGGUCGUGGUAGCAGUCAAGAAGGGGGUUCCCGUUCUCGACGAGAUGGCAGUGCCACAUCUCAACAAGGAGGAACAACCCCACAAGUUCAACCACAAUCAGUUUCUCAACCACAAACUGGCAUGUCUUCGCCAUCAUCAAGCCAACAACAACAGCAGUCGCAGCAACAACAACAGCAACCGCAACAAUCGUUGACACAGCAACAACCUCAAUCACCGCAGCAAUCACCACAAAAUCAGUAACCUCGAUGUGAUGGGGGAUUUAAACAAAAAAAUAGAAUGGAAAAAGAAUUAACUGCAACAACAAUAACCAACAAUCAACAACAUCAAUUAACAACAACAACAACAACAACAACAAUUACAACAAACAAUAAUUGAAUGCUGGCUCUAGCAGCCACUUAUAAAAUUCACAAAAAAUAACCAACAAACAAACAUUGAAUUUUGCUCGACGGGGGGGAGGUGUUGUAGCCUCCUCCCCUGGGUGGUGAGUCUCUCAUCGAGAGAGGCAGCUGUUUAUAAAUGAGAAAACAAACCCCCCCUCUCGCGGAGAGAUUACGCUUUCCCACUUUUUUUCGAGCAUAAGCAUAUUAAUGAAAAUAGGGAUAGUUUAAGACUUAAAAAGGAGAUGAUUAAAUUUUUUUGUUAAAGAAAGAAAGAAAGGGUGAGAGAGAAAGAGACAGACGGGUAAUCAUAUUGAGUAGUAGAUGAUUUAAAAAAAAGAUUAAUUAGGCGAAAAUGAUGAUAAUGAUGAUAAUGAUGAUUUAAAAAAAUGCGAUUUAAGGUUAGGAGACUGCGUGAGUUCUCGCGCGAUGCACAGAGAUAUUUACCCCCGGCAUACCAACGAAUAUUAUUAUCAUUUUAUCUUAAUUUAUUUAUUUUU